UUAUAUAUGCCACUAUAAUUAGAAGAAUUUGAUUACAGAGAAGAUCCCACUCGAUUAAUUUAUCUUGGGUUCUCUAUUUUAGAUGAUGUAUAUGAAGGUAAAUAUUACUUAGGAUUCAAAGACUAUUGUUUAUUUGCUGCAUUAUAUUAUCAUCUUAAAGUAAUCUAAAUUCUUAUAUAUUAGUAUCAAGAAAAGAUUGAAAUCUCUCUUAAUACAUUGUAAUUAGACAAAAUUAUAAAAGUUAUACCUUAAGAAGUAUAUUCAGGUAAAUCUGAUUUUGAAUGGAAAGAAUUCACAAAAGAAUGUAUUGUUUCAUUGAAUAAGGAAUUAGAUAGAAUUAGUGUAAAUUAUAUGUUUAAAAUCAUUUAGUAAAUAAAUAAAAUAGAGAAAUUGUAAAAAAAAGAGAAUUCAUAAUAUAAAUUUACUGACAAAAGAUGUUUGGCUGCUUUGAUUAUUAUUAAUGCUUCUUAAACAUUUACUUAAGGUAGUAUGGCCAUAUUUUAAGUUUAAACAUAUGAAUAAACAUAAACAUAUUUUAAAUAAGCUGGUAUGGAAGUACAUGCUACUAUGUAUUUGGGAUUUUCAGCUUAUAAAAUUUAUUUUUUAAAUCCAUAGAAAAAAUUAAAAUUCAGAGAAUUGGAUUACAAUAAAGUAAAUUGGGUGAUUUCUUAUCCAAAUUAAAUUAUAUUUAAUUUCGAAAAUUUUAAAGAACCUCUUCGGUUUGAUACAUUCUAAAGUUAUGAAGUAUGAAAUCAUAAUUACUAAAAGAUAAAAUUGUUAGUUGAAUAAUACAAAGACAUACAUAAGUUUAAUAAAGAAUAUAAUUUAGAGAAUCUCUUUAAUAAUGAUAAAUCAUAAUUUAUUAAAAAUUGA